AUGACGUCCACCAGCUCUGAAGCAGUCCAUGAUACAGAGGCCAUUCCAGCAGUAGAGGCGCUAACUAAUGGCGAAAAGAGUGGCAUCCCAGCAGCUCCAGUUGAAAGCAAAGAGUUAUCCCCACGGAAUGUCCACGGUAUUAGUUGGGUGAUUGCUGUUUCUGCUAUUCUUUCAUCAACAUUCCUAUUCGCGCUAGAUAAUACUGUGGUCGCUGACGUUCAACCCGCAAUUCUGAAUACAUUUGGACAAAUUGAAGACCUGCCAUGGUUGGGUGUCGCCUUUGCUCUUGGUGGUAUCGCAAUCCUUCCUUGGGGCAAAGCAUACACGAUCUUCAACAUCAAGUGGGUGUACAUCACCACCGUGGUUCUCUUUGAAGCCGGAAGUGCACUAUGCGGGGGAGCCCCAAAUAUGAAUGCUUUAAUUGUUGGUCGAGCGCUUGCUGGCCUUGGAGGGUCCGGCAUGUAUUCCGGAUGCUUGACAUACUUGUCGGUUACCACAAGCACUCGCGAGCGACCUCUGUAUAUGGCUCUAGUGCUUCUAGCCUGGGGUGUGGGCACGGUCCUGGGACCCGUUAUUGGUGGUGCUUUCGCUGAUAGUAGCGCAACGUGGCGAUGGUCUUUCUAUAUCAACCUGGUCAUUGGUGCUAUAUUUUCACCUGCCUAUUUUUUAACGUUGCCGAACAUCGACUUUGGGGCGAAUCUGUCUCUUUCCCAAAAGCUAGUCCGAAUAGAUUGGAUUGGUAUUGUCGUUUUCUUCGCUGGUGCUACCUGUUUAACCAUGGCCAUUAGUUUUGGAGGUACUACAUAUGCCUGGAACUCCGGGUCCGAGAUCGCUUUUUGGGUUGUUUCUGGGGUCUUGUUAAUUGUCAUGGUGUUGAUAACCAUACGGCCCAUUUUGGUGUCGAAGGCAGAUCGCCUGUAUCCGGGUCACUUUGUGCGCCAACCGGAACUUGUCAACUUGCAGAUCCAACUUUUCCUCGUCACAGGUGUCAUGAUGGGAACUGCUUACUAUAUCCCCUUAUACUUCCAGUUCGCCAGAGAGGACUCGGCAUUGAGGGCGGCUGUUCGCCUGUUACCCUUCAUCGCAAUGGCUGUCUGCUUUUGUGUAGUAAGCGGAGCACUGAUGCCUAAACUUGGCUACUAUAUGCCCUGGUACACCUGGGGUAGUGCCUUGGUGCUGAUCGGUUCAGCACUGAUGUAUACAGUCGAUGCAAACACAUCGCCAUCCCAUGUAUAUGGAUACACCGUUCUUCUCGGAAUCGGAGCCGGAUCUUAUCUACAGGCAGGGUAUGCCAUUGUCCAGAUGCUAGUUCCGCCAGAGGAGGUCGGCAAUGCAGUCGGAUUUAUGAGCGUCUCUCAAGAUCUAGGCAUUGUUUUCAUCCUCGCCGUGGCCGGCACCGUCUAUCAAAACCUGGCGUUGAAACGGCUCACCCCUCUUCUCGCUGAUCUAUCAGCCGCUGAUGUGAGCCAGGUAAUUGCCGGCACCAGCAAUUCCGUCUUCAAGUCCCUCGAUCCUAGUCUUCAGUCAAAGGUCGUGAACGAGAUUACGAAAUCCAUGAGUGCAGUUUGGGCAGUUUUAAUUGGUGUUGGAGCUUUGUGUUUCAUUCUCUCCCUUUUCUUGAAACGACAAAGAGCCUGGCCAAAAACCGCCUAG